UAUCGAGUGUGAAGCAGACACAAAGUAGCACUUGGUGAUUCCGGAGCCGGCAGAGAGUGUGUGUGUGUGAGAGACAGACAGACAGAACCACGGGGACCGGCCGGACUAGCAAUCCCCUCACUCCCUUGAUUAUGGUUUCUCACAACUGAGAGACAGAUACCCAGUUCCCUGCCCUCACCCAGGGGCCAGCCAACAACACUCAAGUCAGCGAAGGCUCCUCUCCCAAACCCCGGGGGGCGCCUGGCUGCAUUUAUUGAGCCCCUUUUUCCAAUUUUUUUUUUCUAACUUAUUUCCCCUCCCCUCUUCAAAUAUUAAAUGUACAACUUGAUGGGUCUGAACAGCACAGCCGCAACGAAUCAGCCCAAUGUCUCCUGCACAUGCAACUGCAAACGCUCUUUGUUCCACAGUAUGGAGAUCACUGAGUUGGAGUUUGUCCAGAUCAUUGUGAUAGUGGUGGUAAUGAUCGUGAUGGUCGUGGUGAUUACCUGCCUGCUUAACCACUACAAACUCUCCACACGGUCUUUAAUAAACAGACAGAGCCACAUGAGGAGGCAAGAAGAUGCGUUGCAGUCGCAGCAGAUCUACACACCCAGGUCGACAGACAGAUUGACGGUCCCGUCUUUCCUACAACGAGAUCGGUUUAGUCGUUUUCAGCCCACUUACCCCUACCUGCAGCAUGAGAUUGACCUGCCCCCCACCAUCUCUCUGUCAGACGGUGAGGAGCCCCCUCCCUACCAGGGGCCAUGUACCCUCCAGCUCCGUGACCCUGAGCAGCAGAUGGAACUGAACCGUGAGUCAGUCCGAGCACCCCCAAACAGGACUAUCUUUGACAGCGACCUGAUAGACACGUCAAUUUACAACAGUGGGCCCUGCCCACCAAGCAGUAACUCUGGAAUCAGUGCUACCAGCUACAGCAACAAUGGCCGAAUGGAAGGACCCCCGCCCACUUACAAUGAGGUCAUAGGUCACUACCCUGGAUCGACCUUUUUCCAGCACCAGCAGAACCACGGCGUCCUCUCCGUGAUGGGCAGCAACAGACUGCAGCACCCUCAGAACCAUGGCCUUGAGAGUACAGUUGUCCGGAACAGCAAAGACAAAAAGACCGGACAUCCCUUCUGAGACCCACUCUGUGCACUUCAACUCAAACCAGGGGGCCCAGGUGAGCGGGGAGUGGGAGAGCAUGGUCAGCCACACUUGCUCCUCCUUCCUCCUCUGCUCCCCCACCCACCCCCACCCAAUUGUAUAAAGUUAAUACUUAGCUAUGUCACAUCUGAAUCGAACAUCAAGCAUAAGGCUUCAGGUAGUUCUACUGAACUACUUUAGAUAAGGAAGUUCCAAUACUCUGUGUUCCUUUAAAAAGAGACCUUAGUUUAAGCAAUGUAUGUAAAAUGCUGUCUUUAAUUAUCUCACUUAACUUUAAAGAAACAUUUGCACAAAAUUUUAUGUUUGAAGAACCUGCAAUAUGUCAAAUGAGAAAACUGCAUGUGGAGGCAGGAGUAUUUUUGUAUUAGAAACGACCUAUACGAAAAUGACUUUUUUUUUGUUUUGUUCCCAGAUGAGAGAAUUGGCAAUUUUUGGAGUGCCAUCUCAGUGUGUCUCUAAACAUUUCUGUAUAUUAAAAAAGGGGGUUUGGAGUUAUUUAUGAAUACUUUUGAAACAUUGCACUAUUUUGUAAUAUGAGUAACAAGCAGACACUUAUAAUAGUGAUGGCCUCCAGUGUCUGCCACAGAUGUAUGAACAAGCUAAGACAUUCUUGGUUAUAGAAGUGCUGAGCUACACAGAGAAAGUCCUACAGGCCCUAGAUCUGUUGGGAAAAGAAACUGCAAUGAUAUGUAAAAAUAGAGCAAAGCUAAAGGGUUAUGACAUUUGGAAGAAAUUGUGCUUUAAGAUUAGAAAAUGGGAGUUGCAAGGAAUCUCAUCUGCUCUUCCUUGUGACUCUUUGUGACAUGAUGGACCCAGUACUGUGAAUCCAGCUUGCAGGACAUCUUCAGAAAAAUCAUCAGGAUAGAAAAUAGUCAUGGAAAAGAUAACCAAAGACACAGUCCUCUUUAUACCCAGUGUGGGGUAAUAAAAUAUGAUUUGUGACAAUUUUGGUUCCUUUUAGCAUGUCUGAAAAAAAAUGUGUAGUAACUUUUAAGAGACCGUUCCCUUUAAUGUUAACACUGGCCUCAUUUUUGAAUUGAUUCAAGUAAGUGUGAUGGUGUUAAUUGGAUGCAAAUCAAGUUUGGAAAAUUCUAUAUGCUUUGGGAGACAGGAUAGGGGUCCAGGACAGGAAUGAUGACUUUGCAUAUUGUGACUUGACAUGGGUUGGAUGUGUGAGUGAGUCACUUGUAAUGCAAGGUGCACUUUUCCCCUCCUCCCCAUUCUUGGGGUUUAGACCAGGCAGUGUGGAGUUGGCUCAUGCUUCAGAAAGGUCAAAUACUUCCUUGCCUGCUGUUCCCAUUCUCUCCCAACUAUAAGUUCAAAAUUCCCCAAAUGGAAGAAGAACAAAGUAUGGCUAACUUCUUGGGAAAGGGAGGAUGAGAUACAGAGGGCAGGGUGAUCACUUCAUUUGGCAUUUUGAUCACCUCCACUUGAGCUCAUAAUGGCUGAUAUACUGACUUUGCUUUAUCUGUGUAUAAGUUUGACGUUUGGUAUGGAGACACCCAUGUUUAUGUAUGACCCAUUUGCUCUCGGUAGCCCAAUGAUUUAAAGACGGACAAGAAGUUGAGAGUUCUAUACAGUUAAAAGCCCUGGUUGGAUUUCCACUGCAUUUAUAAUUUAUUGACUGACUGAAGAUUGGAGAUUUGAUUAAAAUGUACUUGUCCUCACCUCCUGAUCCUGUUCCUCCAGUGGCCAAUGAUGUACUCAAUCAACUGAAGUUCUUAAUUGCACCAUUACGUCCACAUCUUUCCACAGUUCCCUGACCAAGCCAUUAACCACAAUCACUGGCAGCUCCAAAGAUGUACGUCUUCAGUUUUCCACUUUCAGUAACACAUGAACCUCAAGAUGGCAUCUACUUUCCAAUUUGUUAUAUUAUCGGCCAGAUAGUAUUGAAGCUUUAAAAAGGUGCCUAUGAGAUAGAUCCCUCUUUUUGAUUUUUGUGCCAAUAUCAGGUUUGGUACUUCACACUCAGGUUUGUGAUAGCUAAAGAAAUCUCUAGGGAGAGUCCAUCAGACACUGACCCUAUAGCUUAUCACAGAGAUUGGAGAAUGGCAGAGAUGCUGACUUGUUUAAAGUCAAGCUUGUGUUAAUGGAACUCUUCAAUCAGCUGGAGAUAACGACAGAUCCCAUACAGAUCAGAUGUGGUACCUUGCUUAUACCACUGUUGGAGAGAGUUAUUAAGAUGCACCUAACUUCUUUCAGACAUGUCUGUAAUUCUGCCUUUGGUGUAUGGGGCAAGAUUAAAUAUUCUCUUGUCGCCCAUAUUCAGCAGAGUCUAAAGAGUGGUGAUGUGGUCCUGUAACCUUUUGCUUGGGCACAUCAGUCUCUUGCUGCCUUUGCCAGGUUUUCCAAUUUGCCCAUAUCAUGGUCUUGGCUGCCAAGGCUGAAUGCAGUCUAAGCUCUAAGAAUGAGCUGACAUGCAAUUUCUAGAAGGGGUGUGAACCAAUCUAGAGCAUCUAGAUUGGUUCACCCUUCUGUAAUCUCCCUUCUGCUUAAAGACCUUAUUGACUAGUUUCCUUUCACUGGGCAGGUACACAAACUCUGCAGGGUAGCUGCUUACCACUCACCAAGUCAGCCACCUGGGUGACUCACCUCUUCCACAGCCUACCAAAUAUUAUUCUUGACUUCUGAUUUCUAAUGGCCAAGUUAGGUUAAAAUUGUCUUAAAGUCUGGAUAGAUUUUAACUGAGUUGUGAAUGGCUUAUCAAUCACCUAAGUUAAUCAGUCUGCAGAAAGUAACCCAGGUAGAGAUUAUAGUCAAAUCCAUAUUUGCCAUUUAUCCUCCAGUUCCUGCUUUAUUGCUGCAUGACAUGGGCACAUACACUGUGCAGUUUAGCACUGCAGCUGCCAUUGUUUCAGACUGCACUACUUUGUACCUUUUAACCUAUGGGCUGCCAGAAUUUCCCACACUUUAGUUUUAAUAACAAAUAUUGUCUUGAAGUGUACGACUGUGGAGAGUCUUGCUGCUGUGGGCCGAAGGGUGAGAAUUUCACUGUUUCCACUGUUUUGAAUUUACUUUCUCUGAAAUUGCUUAAUCGCCCUGACCACCCUAUUGCUAAUUGACAUCUGUCAUUUUGGCACAGUGAGGUGCUGGUUGCUGAAGGUUCUUUACAAGUUGCUAUGUGAUUGAGAGUGUUUGUUGCUCUUAAUAGACCCACUUUAAGAGUUCUGCAGGCUGGGAGAGGAAUCGUCCAUGUGCAAUUCAGAAGGGGAGAGAGAUAAUAUUUCUUAAGAAUUCCACUUUAUGUUAACACUCCUGCGUUCCACAAGUUUUGUCUCUUGUUAAAAGUGCUGCUUUGUUCAAUUUACCACCCUGCCCUGCACCCCCACCCCCCCAACCCAUCUUCAUUUCCUCUUACACCUUCACUGCCAUCCCCUACAACCAUUCUCUCUCUCUUUGGUGCUGUGUAUAGCUUGAACAUAUUCGCACAUCCUCCCCAGUGGUGAAAGAAGAAUUUGUAUUAUGGAUAUUGCAUGUAGUUUAAAAAAUAGUAUUAACCAAAUGAAUGGAAUCUUGUGAAACCUAACUUGCACCACCAUUGCAUGAUGUUACAGUCAAGUUCUGUUCAGUCUAAAGUCGAGAAUGGAUUAAAGAGGACCCAUGAAAGGCAUUAUUACUUUGACAGGUUUAUUUCCUGUAUUGGUUUUACAAUAAACAGCUAAGCACUGUAAAAGACAAGAGUUGCAACUCCUGCACUUUGUAACUGUGAUUUUCCAGAGCUUGGAAUGAUGCUGGUUAAAUUACAUCAGAAAUGUUUCCUUUAAUUAAAAGGAGUGGUUAGUUCAGUGAGGAGGAAUCCAGCUGCUGUCUGCAUUAUCACGUCUGAGAUUGGCUGAUGAACGUAGUCUGUCCUUAUUGAAAAGGCAAAUAGUCCAUUGGCUUAUGGCAUCCCUAGCUCCAGGUUGACAAAUGGAAUGGUUUGUUUAGUAGGAGUGUGAUACAUAAAUCUAUAUAUAUAAUAUAUAUAUAUAUAUAAAAAUGCACUGUAAUAACAUUUCCUUACCCGAAACAGCCGACCCCCUCAAUCAAUGAAUAGCAAUAGCUGAAAAUGCAGUAUUCAAGCCGUCAGUAUUGAACCGUGUUGAAUGCCCAUGGGUAUUUGAUAGCAGCCAACUUCCCCUCCAUAAGCUUCGAACGGAUGUUUAAAAUAAACUGUACCAUACAGUGAGCGGGGAGACUAAACCCAACAACAUUUACCACCGGACCCAACAGAAGGGAUGCUGUUUAAAAUGUGAGCAGUGCAUUUAAAAUAUCAUAUCUCGUAAAAUGAACCAAAAACUUUCGCCCAAAAUAGACGUGGGUUUUUUUUUUCGAAUAGCACGUUAAAAGAUUUUUUUUAAUUUCUCUUCCACUCCCCCGCCCAGUAUUCGGGUUUCAAUAAAACUGAACAAAAUCCGCUGCUGGCGUUUGUCAAAAUACCUCUCCUGAGUAUUAAAAACAGCAAGUGUUGGAACAUCUCUUAGUUCAAUCUGACUCAGCAGCUCCUCGUUCAAACAGCUCCGUCUGCCUGAGUUGAAAUGAGGGAGUAAGUACAUUUUACCCCACCCCUUCACCCCUGGACAAAGCCCAGAGAGCCGUCCCUGAUAUUGGUGGAGCCAGUCCCCUGUUUCAGGUGAGUGUGGCCAGUUCAGAAAGGCACACUCCAGGCGGAAACAAACUCUUGUGUUCUCCCUGCCGACCCCACGCUCAUCGCAAUGUCUGUCUCCUUUCUGCCCCCCUUGGGUGCCUGACUCGUCUAACGCUCUGAUUUCGAUCCCAGUUCAAAAAACUUGCUCGCGCGGCUUCUAAAUUCUCUUUCUCGCCUUUUGGCUCAAUUUACAACGGACCACUCGGCGCAAUAUUAUUAUAAUCUGUAAUACAUUCCCAAAUAAUUAGCUGUAUGGCACGGGGGUGAAGUUUUAGAUAGAGUUUUUAUUUGACCAAGCAGUAAGUCUGGUCUCAAAGAUUGCCACCCUUUGGAUUUUAACUCCUCGUCAGCUUUUUUUUAAAGUUGAGAUUUUUUUUAAAAAAAAGGAAUACUUAGGGAGAAAAAUUCCAUUGGGGUUGGAAGGUCUUUCUGACUUAUUUUUAAACUAAGCUUUUCUACAAGGACUUCGCUGAGAACCGCUGGGUUUAAACUGUGUGUGACAUUUACAAUACUUCUCACAGCAGUGAAAAAAAACUUCCUUUUCUCAUUGUAGUAACUGGACUCGGCUGAUUUACAAAGAGAUCCCUUUGUACAAGUUUGUUGUGUAUGUCACUUAAUGGUGUGUUUUCGUAAAAAUCAAACGUAAUCUCUGUUGUCACUAGGGUUUAAGUUACCAUGAAGGGAAGGAUAUUUCACGAGUGAAGCCCCCUUUUCCCUCAUUAAAGUUGGCGGGGGGGGAUAUCUGUGCUCCCCCCCCCCCCCCCCCCCCAAUUCAAAGUUAUAAAAUGCCCGGAGCUUAUUCAUUAUGUACCGUUUCUGUUGGGAAUCUCGGGUUUUCUCUGGAGCGAUCUGACCAGGCUGGUUACAGGGACUAGCUCAAAUUUAAGGGACAUCUCAAAAGUGCUGGCUGCUUCGUUUAAUUCGCCAGUGUGCAAGACUUCCUGGUGGCAACACUGACUUUAUAUAUAUAUAUGUCUAUAUAUAUAAAUGAGAGCAAAAUCAUUCCUAUCAUUGCAUUGUUGCAUCCGUGUAUGUGGUGCCAUUUAAGCCUGCGCCUUCCUGUAAACUGUUAGUGGUAUUAGAAUUGAUUUUAUAUACCCUCUGUUUCCUCCUCAUCCUCCCUCCCUCACAUCAGCAACCCACCACCGCCCGGCUAUUUUAUGCAUUAACGCAUUUGCAGCGUUGUUCGAAGUGAUGAGAUUAAUCACAAUUAUUUUUAUUUUAUUUUGUUUUCAGACGCUUGUGGUCGACUUUGCAGUGAUCACAUUUGAAACAACAAAUUUAAAAAAUCAAAACAAUUUUAAACAAAAGAAAAAUAAAUGAGGUAUUUAAAAAAGGA